UAACUGAAGCUGGCUUUGGUGCUGACAUUGGGAUGGAGAAAUUCUUCAACAUCAAAUGCAGAGCCUCUGGCUUGGUUCCCAGUGUGGUUGUACUUGUUGCUACAGUGAGGGCUUUGAAGAUGCAUGGAGGUGGGCCAAAUGUAACUGCUGGUGCCCCCUUGAAGAAAGAAUACACAGAAGAGAACCUCCAGCUGGUAGCUGAUGGCUGCUGUAAUCUGCAGAAACAGAUUCAAAUUACUCAACUUUUUGGAGUUCCUGUUGUGGUUGCUCUAAAUGUCUUCAAAACUGACUCUCCUGCUGAGGUUGAUCUGGUGUGUAAGCUUGCAAAGCAAUCUGGAGCAUUUGAUGCUGUGCCCUGCAAUCACUGGUCAGCUGGUGGUAGAGGAGCAGUAAAAUUAGCUCAAGCUGUGGAAAAGGCAGCCAAUCAGAAAAAUAAUUUCAAAUAUCUCUACAGCUUGGAG